AUGGCUAUGUUUAAUGAUUUCCUUAGUUUUCUAAUUGCAAUCUGCAUAAUCGUAUGGAUAGUUAAAAAAUUACGAGGUCAAACAGUUCAACCGGUUGUAGGAAAUCGCAGAGGAAACGAUGUAGCAAAUGAAGUCCCUAGAGCUAGACUUAGGACAGUAACUCCCGACAUGAUUGAAACUGUAUGUGCCAUGUUCCCCAAUAUACCGCCCGCAGCGGUAAAGUAUGACCUUCAGAAAACGGGUUCUGUUGAGGUUACUUGUGAUAAUAUUCUUCAAAACGAUGGUCUUCCUUUGCCUCCGUCUUAUGUAACAGCACCAUUUGCGGUUCCUUCUGCAGCACAAGCAUCCACAUCGUCGACAGGAAUAAAUAUAUCCUCAACACAACAAUCUCUCAUUGAAAGAUAUAAACUUCAAGAUGCCGUAAAGAGAGGGUUAGUCCCUUCCGAACCUCCAAAAAAAUGGGAAGCUACAGCUGAAAAAAGACAAGAAAUGUUGCAAUGGAAAAAAGAUGCGAUGGUAUUACAAGCAAGAGAGCGAUAUCUUGAACAGCAAAAAAAAAAACAAAAGGAAGAGGUUGAGACGAGGGCAAAAAAUAAUUCAGAUAAUAGCACAUCAUUUCAAUUACAACCUACAAAUCAAACCAAUUAUAAUAAUAACGAUAAUGAAGAAGUUACUCUCGAGCCUGAAGUAAGACGUCGUCAAAUAUUACAAGCGACAGAACGGAGAUGGAAAAAAGACGUGUAA